AGCCUAGAAAAACUAAUUCAAGCAUUCAGCUCUGUAGCAGCUACCUCUGGCUGAGCUGUGGCCACGAUGCAGCACCUAGAGGAAGAUGUGACUAUUUUUGGAGAAGCAGAUGAUAUCUUCUGUGAAGGAAUAUCUUCCAGGCUCCCGGAAAUCAUGUCAGUAGGAUCACAUUCAUUCUCCCCAGGUGGUCCCAAUGGGAUUAUCAGAAGUCAAUCCUUCGCUGGCUUCAGCGGUCUUCAAGAAAGACGAUCCAGGUGUAACUCCUUUGUUGAAAAUUCCUCUGCACUUAAGAAGCCCCAAGCAAAGGUGAAGAAAACACACAAUUUGGGGCAUAAGAACAGCACCACCUCCAAAGAGCCCCAGCCUCAAAGGAUGGAAGAGGUCUACAGGGCCUUAAAGAAUGGAUUGGAUGAGUAUCUGGAAGUUCACCAGACAGAGCUGGAUAAGUUAACUACUCAGUUAAAAGACAUGAAAAGAAACUCGCGGCUGGGCACUGGGAGAGUGUAUCAUUCAGUGGAACACUAUCGGGUGAAAAAAAUCUCUUUCCUCAUUUAUUUAUUUAUUUUGCAGCAAAUUAAAGCGAUAGAAAGAUAUAUGAGAAGGCUGGAGUUCCACAUUAGUAUGGUGGAUGAGCUGUAUGAAGCCUAUUGUAUCCAAAGACGUCUUUGUGACGGUGCCAGCAAAAUGAAGCAAGCAUUUGCAAUGUCACCUGCUAGCAAAGCGGCUCGAGAAAGUUUGUCUGAAAUCAACAGAAGUUACAAGGAAUAUACCGAGAACAUGUGUACCAUUGAAGGAGAGCUGGAAAACCUAUUGGGGGAGUUUUGCAUCAAGAUGAAAGGUCUGGCUGGUUUUGCUCGUCUUUGUCCUGGAGAUCAAUAUGAGAUUUUCAUGCGGUAUGGCCGCCAGCGAUGGAAAUUGAAAGGCAAAAUUGAAGUGAAUGGCAAGCAAAGCUGGGAUGGAGAAGAAAUGGUUUUCCUCCCUCUUAUUGUUGGGCUGAUCUCUAUUAAGGUCACAGAAGUUAAAGGACUUGCUACUCACACUCUAGUGGGAAGUGUUACUUGUGAGACAAAGGACUUGUUUGCAGCUCGGCCUCAGGUGGUUGCUGUUGACAUUAACGACCUCGGCACUAUAAAGCUGAACCUUGAAAUUACCUGGUACCCAUUUGAUGUUGAGGACUUGACCCCAUCCACAGGCAAUGUGAACAAGGCAUCUGCUCUUCAAAGAAGAAUGUCCACGUAUAGCCAAGGGACUCCAGAAACUCCUACCUUCAAGGAUCACUCAUUCUUUUCCAAUUCGCCAGAUGACAUCUUUGAAAAUGGGAUGGCAGGCACUGAGAAAAGACCAAUAUCUUUCAGCUUUGGCGAUAUACCCAAUGGAGAUUGUGCUCUCCCACCCCUCACUGUAGAUUCCACCUCUGCCCUUGACCCUUCUAGUCCUGAAAUUACUGUCACACCUCCAGAGCACAAAUCCUCAAAAAACCCAACAAUGGACAGUUCCAGCACAAACUCGUCCCUGGACUCUACACCUGAGUCAAAAGACUUGAAGUCACAGCCAGAGCAUACACCAGUACAUGAGAACAAGAAAAAUCCCAGGGUAGCUUCUGAAGUUCACCAAAAGCCUCCAGGCCCUGGGAGUGAUAACCUGUUUAUUGAUUCUAGCGUCCCAGUGUCACUUCUACAGGAGACAGAUGACGUGUCAGAGCUGAAACCGGUGGAACUGGACACCUAUGAAGGCAACAUCACCAAACAGCUGGUAAAAAGGCUCACCUCUGCAGAGGCUCCAAUGACACCUGAAAGGCUGCAGUGCGAAGGAUCAAUAAGUGGUGAAUCAGAAGGAUAUAAGUCUUAUUUAGAUGGAAGCAUAGAAGAUGCCUUUCAGGGGCUUCUCCUAGCCCUUGAGCCACACAAGGAGCAGUAUAAAGAAUUUCAGGACCUGGACAAGCAGGUGAUGCAUCUGGACGAUAUUCUCAAAUGCAAGCCAGCAGUAAACCGAAGCAGGUCCUCCAGUGUCAGUCUAACAGUUGAAAGUGCUUUAGAAAGCUUUGAUUUCCUGAACACCUCUGACUUUGAUGAUGAGGAUGGUGGAGGUGAUGAGGUUUGUAAUGGUGGAGGAGGUGCUGACUCAGUAUUUUCAGACACUGAGACUGAGAAGACUAGUUACAGGUCAGAUCACCCAGAAGCCAGAGGGCACCUCAGUGAAGCUUUGACUGAAGACACAGGAGUUGGGACCAGUGUAGCUGGAAGUCCUCUCCCACUGACCACAGGGAAUGAGAGUCUUGAUAUCACAAUAGUUAAGCAUUUACAGUACUGUACACAGCUCAUUCAGCAAAUUGUGUUCUCCAGUAAAACUCCAUUUGUUGUAAGAAACCUCCUGGAUAAACUGUCCAAGGAGAUCGUAGUAGUGGAGAAUCUUGCAGAGAUCAGCAGUGAGAACAUGGGGAACAUCAUCUCUGUAACUGAAGCAAUUCCAGAAUUUCAUAAAAAGUUAUCACUGCUGUCUUUCUGGACUAAGUGCACAGGUCCCACAGGAGUGUAUCAUACCUCUACAGACAAGAUGAUAAAGCAGCUGGAUGUCACUUUUGCCACAGCUGUGAAUGAAGAGUGCCCAGGACUUGCAGAAACAGUAUUCAGAAUCCUGCUGUCUCAGAUCCUCGACCAAACAGAACCAGUCCUCUCAUCCAGUCUGCCCUCUGAAAUCCUAACAGUUUUUCAGUAUUACAAUUAUUUUGCCAGCAACGGUGUUAGUGACCUUGGAAGCUAUUUGUUGCAACUUGCAAAAGAAGCCUCAGUGGUUCAGAAGCUGCAGACAUUAAAAGAUGAAAAACUGCUACAGAAUAUAGCUGAGCUAACCUCCAGCAGUCUUCCACCUCAGCAGGAAGUACUGAAGUCCUUGGCUUUACUUCUGACUGAAAAUAAAAAUGAAAUUGGCGAGGCUGUGACACUACUCUUGUCAGCUUCAGCAAAAAACAGGCAUUUCAGGGAGAAGGCUUUAAUUUACUACUGUGAAGUGCUAACACAGCCUAACCUCCACCUACAGAAAGCAGCUUGCAUGGCACUGAAAUGCCUUCAGGCUACUGAAAGUAUUAAAAUGCUAGUUACGCUCUGCCAAUCUGACAGUGAAGAAAUCAGAAAAGUAGCAUCUGAAACCCUUCUCUCUCUUGGUGAAGAUGGGCGACUGGCAUAUGAACAGCUGGAUAAAUUUCCUCGGGAAUUUGUUAAAGUUGGAAGCCGUCGGGGCACUGAAGUUGCCACAGCUUUUUAGACUCAAGAUAAUCUACCUAACAGCCAUUAUGACUGUUCACAUUAACUGGAACGGUGCUGUAAUUUAACAGUUUUAAAAACAAACCACCUUUUGAAGAAUGCUAAAGAAUGUCCUGAAAGUUAGCAACUUACAGACUUUAAGAAAAAAAGUGUGAAUUCCAGUUAUUGAGUUCCUAUUGGCUUUUCUUCCUAGCUUAUGGUGGAACAGUUGUAUGUUGAAGACCAUGCUUCUUCAAGUGCUUCAGAGUAAAUGAUGUAGUUGCAGUAAAUCAGUCUCAGCAAACUUCUAAAAGAUUUUAGAAUUCAGCAUCUUAAUAUUUUUACAUAAUUUUGCACUUGUUUUAUUGAAGUUGUUGCUGUGUUGCAUGCUUGAAAUGUGAUGCUGCAUCUAAAAAGGAAAAGUAGGGAGCAAACCAAGUGGAGCUACAAAGCAGCUUUCUCUCCACAUUGUGCUAAGUGUUGGAUACCUUGCAGCAUUAUAGCAGCAUGGACUGAAACUCAGCUACCCAGAUCUAUUUUACCGAUGAAAUAUAGAUCAAGUUUCUUCAAAUCAAGUUUUGUCUCCAGAAACAACAGGCUGUAAACCCCCGGAGAUGUUAUUUCACUGACUCAUUUUAAAUGCCUCUGCGCUGGUCUUUUAUUUUCUCCCUCUCACCCUCCAGUAAUGAACCAUGAUUAAUCCAGGGAUUUGCUUGUGCUAUCAAGCAAUUACGUAGGUUUUAUAGAAAUAAAUGGAAGGUUACAUGUGCUCAUUGUUCAAAAGAAAAAGUGAAUAUAAUACAAUUGCAUGAAUCCCUGAAGCUGUUUUUGUUUCCUAGGUUACAAGGAGGAGUGGGUUACGUGCACUCUGGCUAGUGCAUAGCAGCUUGCUAUACAGUAAUUUCAGUAUGAAGAAUUAAAGCAAACUAAAGAGAACCUUAGAGCUGUUAAAGACAGAGUGCAAAUAAAAGCAUUUCCUCCCCCUCCAACUGCAAGUAUGAAAGACUGAGUGCUUCAAACUAUUGAUUAUAGCCCUUAAAUUACACUCACUUCUUCUGUUAACAGAAGAGCAUUGUUGUACUGCAGUAGAUCUGACAUGAAAUACUAUUUAGAUGUUAAUUAAAAGAUCCAGCUUCUGAUAGACUAUACAGAAAAUGAUCACUAAUAGUUCACAUCAAAAAGAAGCCUUGUGCGCCAAAUACAUUGGCAGACAGUUCUUCUGACUGUGAAUGUUACCAACAAUGUACAUACAGCUGUAUAUUUAUAAAUAUAUAUAUAUAUAUAUUCUUCCUUUAAUUAAAAGUGCAUUUGUACAGUCUAAAAUAUUUACUUGUUUACUGAAGGAAAUAGGCUCUUUUUACAGAAGGUUAAAUGACCAUGUCACAGGUUUUAUAUCGCAGCUACUGCAUGAGCUGAUUCUCCCAUCAUGUUCUUUUGUUCUGACAGCUGCUUAUUUUUUGCCUUCUAGUUUUGUGGCAUUUGUACUCAUAUUUCCUAUCACAUUUAAGUUAUAAUAAAGAAUAUUUUUAAUCACUAA